CCUUGAAGCAGAUGAAGGAAUAAAAACUCUCAGAACCCGAAAACACAUCAACAAUAUUGCAUAGGAAGUGCAAACUCCGGAGAUAGGCAGAACGUAGACAUCAUGAGCAGAAGUACCAACAAUACCUAUUCUCUUCCUACUCCUCCUCGUCCUUAUCUUACCUAUCGUGAGCCGUUUGAUCUCUACUUCGGGAAUUUUGAGGACGAUUUUGGUGAAUGGGCUUCUGGGAUCUCUGGUAGUCCCUUGUAUGAUUUUCAAGCAACUCAAGUAACCAGAACAGGUGCGUCGGAUUCAAGGCGACCAUUUGAGGGAACGCUGGCGGUUGCAAGACCUCUUGGCUUAGCAGGUUCAGCAGCAGCACCAGGUCCCCGAGUUCAUAUUCUGGUCCUUGGCGAUGAAUUGGCACGACAGGCAGACCCAAGGGCUAGACAGAUGGUCGGUAACCAAUGGAAUACGGCCGCCCCAGGACUUGAAGCAGACUCCAGAUUGACCCAUAACGAGCAAAAGAAGGCGUUGCAGAAGCUGAAGAAAGAGAUAUACAAUCCUUUACGGAGGAGAAUAUCGCAGAGAGUGAACUUGUAUUACAGAGACAUAGCUGUGAAGGAGAAGGAAAUGGAGAAUGAUGAAAAUGGCAAGAGGUGUCCCAUUUGCUUGGAUGACUUUGAGCCCAAACAAGAGGUUAUGCUCACUCCUUGUAAGCAUAUGUUUCAUGAAGAAUGCAUUGUGCCUUGGGUGAAGAGCAAUGGUCGUUGCCCAGUAUGUAGGUUUUCUAUAUCUGAGUGAACAAUAAUUACCUCUUCCAGAGAAAAAGAAAUAUUACUAGAUUAACAGCGUAAACGAGUCGCGGCAAAAAAGUAUUACUGUAACAAGAACUAGUUUAGUUAUGAUAUUUUAGUUGUUGAAAUAGAGUUUAAGUUAAAGAACUGUCGAAUGUUUUAAAGGGUGAAGGCAAAA